AUGACGGAUCCCGUUUCACAGCCAGGAGUUCCACCAGGAAUCAAUCCACCCAAUCAGCACAAUGGGCAGCAGCAGCCCCCGUUCGUACCACAGCAACAGCCCGGAAUGCAGCAGCAGACCCAACAGCAACAAACGGAUGCUAUCAUCAUGCAAAUUUUGCAGCAACUCCAACAACAACAGGCCGUCACCAAUCAACUCCUUCAGCAGCAGCAACAGUCCACACAGCAGCAACACGGGUUCAUGCAGCAGCAGGGAACUCUGUUCCGCAAUGCUUUAUCGGCAAUCCAGGUGACCGUACCUCCCAAUCCGGAGAAUGCCGCCGAACAUCAGCGCAACCUACAUGCAGUGCUACAGCGGCUCGAGGAAUUCGGAUUCACAAUCCGGCCGGAAAAAUGUUCGUUCGGCCAACAGCAAAUCCGAUAUCUGGGUCAUCUCUUGGAUCGUCAUGGACUCAGACCAGAUCCAGCCAAGAUUCAGGUCAUAAAGGAUCUACCGCCGCCGAAAGACAUCACAGGAGUACGCUCCUUCCUGGGAGCCAUUAAUUACUACGGGAAAUAUGUUCCCAACAUGCUAGCUCUCAGGUUUCCGCUAGAUGAGCUCCUGAAAAACACAACGGCGUUCGUAUGGACGCAUGAAUGCCAGCAGGCGUUCAACAAAUUCAAGGAAAUUCUAUCGUCGGAGCUUCUUCUAGCACACUAUGAUCCAACGCAAGAAAUAAUCGUUUCAGCGGACGCCUCCUCCAUCGGUAUUGGGGCAACAAUCAGCCACAAGUAUCCAGAUGGCCACGUGAAAGUGAUUCAGCAUGCAUCUCGAGCGCUUACACAGCACACCAAGCCUGAUGAAGACGUGAUCAUCGCAUGCACCACUCUGGAGGAAGACUUGAGGUCAGUAGCCAUCGAUAGUAGUAAUCAACUGCCUCUCAGUUUCAGCAUGGUUGAGAAAGCGACGGCGUCCGACCCGUCUCUUCGGAAAGUUCACCGUUUCAUCCGCGAUGGCUGGCCCAAAACAAGGUCAGAAAUUAAAGAUCGAGAGUUGGCUCGGUACUACGAUCGUCAAGAAGCUCUGUCAGUCGUUCAAGGCAGCAUUAUGUUCGGGGACAGACUGGUAAUUCCGACUAUGUUCCGAAGGCGGUGCCUCAUUCAGCUCCAUAAGGGCCACCCAGGCAUACAACGAAUGAAGGCGAUCGCACGCAGCUUCGUGUAUUGGCCGGGGCUGGACGACGAGAUCGUUAGCUUCGUCAAGGCGGAACCGGAGUCGUGGCAUCCGACAACGGCUCCUUGGCAGCGGGUUCACGCCGAUUACGCGGGCCCUCUGGAUGGAGAAUUCUUCUUACUUGUCAUCGAUGCGCACACCAAGUGGCCGGAGAUAUUUCCAACUAGCAAGACGACAACGAGCGCUACUAUCCGGCUCAUGCGCAAACUGUUCGCCAACAAGGGCAUGCCAGAACUUCUCGUGACCGACAAUGGUUCGCAGUUCAAGAGUGCUCAAUUCGAUGAUUUCUGCUGCAAAAACGGCCUUCGACACACAACAACGGCCCCAUACCAUCCACAGUCGAACGGUCAGGCAGAGAGAUUUGUCGACACGUUCAAGCGGGCCGUGAAAAAAAUUCAGGAGGGAGAAGGCUCGAUCGACGAAGCAUUGGACGUUUUCCUUCUUACCUACCGCACCACACCAAACCGAAAUGUCCCUGGCGGUAAGUCACCGGCAGAAGCGAUGUAUAACAGGCCGCUGCGAACAUCGCUAGACCUUCUUCGACCACCGUCAAACCUGGAACCAUCCUCAAACCGUCAGCAGACGUCCAACACGCGGUCUUUCAGUCCGAAGGCUUGCGUGUACGCGAAAAUAUACGCCAACAACAAAUGGUCAUGGUUCCCUGGGACCGUAGUAGAGCGAAUCGGUUCGGUGAUGUAUAACAUCUGGGUGGACAACCGGAGACUGAUCAGAUCGCACAUUAACCAGCUCAGACAACGAGCCGAAACAGCUACAAAAGUGCAGAAACAAGGCAUACCACUCAACAUCUUGCUCGACGAAUGGAACCAGCCCGUACCAGCAUCUCAAGUUGCGGAGCUUUCGGAAGCGGAAGAGCUUGAACCCUCAAUGUCCACGCUAGUUGCUCCAUCACCUUCUACACCAACUAUUAGACUUGCAACAGUAACAUCCUCUUCGUCAUCAGCGUCGACGGCAUUCGAGUCUGCCGUUGAUAGUUCACCCACAGUUCAGCUACCUCGGCGAUCUUCACGGACCAGAAGACUGCCGCAAAGGUUUCAGGCGUACCAAAGGUACUAG